UAAAAAAGCUUCAUAUCGCGAGCCAUAUUCAGAAACCCGGCGUCCUUCAUGGGCGCAUCGUCAUCUCUCGAUACUACUACAAAGCGCCCUCUCAAUCCCCUAUUGGUCCCCCCGACAUGCAAGCGUACUGUGAUAGCAACUGCAGCGCACCGGCUGGAAAGGUACUCUCAACGCUAACGCCCCAUGAGAUGUAUGCACAUCGUAGAUCAACGAACGUCCUUCGCCAUUCUUCGUCUGGGACGUCGGAAAGUGAGGCAAAUGGUGCCAGUUCAUGUCAGGAGUUCAGUUGCCUUUAUACUAAUUUCCAAGGUAUAAGAAUGACAGAUAUCUUGAGAGGAUAUUGGAAUUGAAACAUUCAUUCAAAAGUACUUGCGCAAUGGUCGACGGCCUCGAAUCGACUAACGUCUCCCUGAAGCCCAAGCCACCACUAUACUAUAUACAUUUC